AGAGGGAUGCGGUGAAGCGCGCGUAGAGAGGUACACACAUCCCCUGACUGGAGAAUCUGAAGACAACCAGACAACAGUGAGAGUGAAAUGUACACCAAGAAGUAUACACAUACUCUAAAAAAAUUCGGUUGCCGUUGCUAUAACUCGAAAGGCCGAAAUUCAUAAAGACAAGACAAAUUCCAAAUGCGGAGUACUUUCCAGCUUUGGCGGAAGCCCGAUUCUUCGGUCGCGCUGGUCAACCCUGUCUCGCCUCCUCGCUUCCUGUCUUCGAUUUCAGAGACAUGUCGGGCGUUGCAUGGAAGAAAAAAACCUCACUUUUCGACGCAAAGAUCGUUUGCGCAAAUGCAUCACGUGGUGUGUGUGGACCGCAAAGCCAAGAGGGCUUCGUUUCCCUGAAACCGAUUGCACUGCAUGGCCGCAUGCACACUGUGCAACUGUCUCGUCGCCUCCUCUCCGCCCAGACCCCCCUUUUCUCGCAGGCACUGAGGCGGAGGUCGCGUUUUUUUUCGAGACCCCUUUUUAAGUUGUUUUCGUUGACCGCGACACAUUAGCAGGGCUUUUCAAUUUUUUUCCUCGUCUUCUACUCGAAGCUCGUCGUUUCGCCUCACCUCGCUCCGGUGUCUUGACACCUGUGCCGCCGGGUCUGUGUGAGUUGAACUCACACCGGCCUGCUGUGUCUCUUGUCUCCCGCGUUUCACCCUCGACGCAAAUGGCGGGCGUUUUUUUCCGCUUUUCCUUCUCGGCCUUCCCCGCGAGGCUUCUCUGUGCCUCCGUCUCUCGCCUCUGCAUCUUGUCUGCCUGCAGUCCUCUCCUCUCUGGGCUAGUCGUCUCUCUCCUCCUCACUGCCGCAUGCGCCUUCCAGUUCCAGUCCUUCGUCCCCGGCGUGAGGCCUGCCCCCCUGAGUUCGAGGCUCGCCACCAGCGCCUACAUUUCCACUCCGCCGGUGCCGUCGCUGCCUCGCCUGUCGUCCUCGACGCAUGGCCUCGGAGUUUCAGAGCAGAAGAGCUCUGCGUCGAAAAGCUCUUUCCAUGAAGACAGAAUACUCGCGACUGUCCCCCCCGGCCUUGCAUCCCUCGCAUCUGCUCCCAGCGAGAUUAACGGCUGCCUCCGGAGCCCCGCUCUAGGCGCCGCCCCGGGGUGUACAGACACCGGAAACGACGCCGAGGCGACCCCGCUGGCGAUGACUCUCCGGUCCUACCUGCGGUGUCACAUGUCGCUGCUCUCGGACACCUCGCCUGCCUUUAACAACGGAAACUUGAUGUUUCUUUUUCGCGCUGCGGACGCCCACGACCGUCUUCUCUCGCCUCUGGAACUCCACACGAACGUCCACCACCUUCCUGGCGCGGACGCCGCGCGAGUUAUGGUGGCUCUGGAGCCCGAGGCUCUGGAGGCCGCGGGCGCGCAAGCCGACUCGGGUGUCCAGACAGCACAGACCCAGAACUUCCCCCGCGAGCUCCUCAAGUUCGAAGUCCGCCGCCUUCACAGACUUCUCCAGUUUGCAUGCGCGGGACAACUUCGGGGGGAAUUCCUCAGCAGGGCUUCUACCAAAGUCAUGCUCGACCUCUUUCAGGAAGCAGACCUCCCGCUUUCGACCGUCCUCGACGCGUUCACUGAGAUGAGCAAGUUCUACGAGAAGAAGAUGCCGGCCGAGGUCUUCAAGACGCACUUCAAGCCUUCCCUUGAUGCGCUUGUCUCCCAGCUGCUCGACAUUCAGAAGGAAUAUGUCGCGGAAGAGAAGAGCCCUCGCCCGGUUUUAAGUGAAGUCACUUUCGAGCCUGAGCCUGACAGUCGCACGCUGACUCCGCUUCUCGUGGACAUCACCACCAUGGGCGACAAAUUGCCGGGAGUUGCAGCGUGGAACAAGAAGGCGUGAGACGGCCAAAGACCGUCUCUGAAGUGUCACCGCAGGCCUGUUCCGCUGGCGGGACCUCAGAGAGAAGCCGAGAGAAACGCAUGUCUGCGUGGUGACCAAACUUGAAACUCCAUCGGAAUUCCGCAGCUUAGAAGCAGGGAUGCUGGUUCUUCUGUGAGACCCGGGAAAAACCGUUUCGGCGAAACCUCGUUUCUGCAAAUGGAAAAAACUCAAACUUUUCUGAAAAAAAGACCUUCCCGGUCAAGGGUCUCAGCGAUGUCGGCCCGCAGAGUCGCACUCACACUCGGGCGUACAGACACCUCGUCGUUUACCGCUUUACAGAUAGCCUUCGUUUCUUCCCACAGGUGCUGUACAGAGCCUCCUCCCGGACCUCGUCCACUUACAGCCGCUCAGCUGUACAGACGUUUUUCGUGACAUCCAGCCCCGUUCUUUCACACAGGCAGAGGCUGCCUUUAGGAGAACGUUGAUAUGUACGUACACCCCGGUCAAAACGGAGCUUUCAAGCAGAAAGAUCCUGUAAAAACUUUGUACGACAACGUACAUGGCAGAGGUUAUGUGCGCAGAUACCCGGACACCCGUCUUGAUACACAGAUA